CGCCAGCAGGCGGGGGCUACAAGGCUCUGUGUGUGUGACUGUGAGGUAGUGCUGUUCUAUGUCCUUCAAUAUAAGGCACAGUAUGGGUGCUAUAUGGAUUUUCUUCAUCGGCAGAGAUCUAGUACAUGAUUUAGAUAUCGGAUCUACAUAGUUUGAGACCAAAAUAAGAAACAGAGUCGAAAUCUGAGCUCCAACACAGAAGCUCCAAAUAAGCCAUUUCGACGAGUACCAGCUCAUUAUCGUCAAAUACAAUCCAGCAAGCACCACUUGUAUCCUCAGCAACAUGCGGCCGAUCCAAAUAGACGGCAAAACGGGCGAAGGUGGUGGACAACUUGUCCGGAUUGCGAUUGCUCUCGCCGCAGUCACAGGACAAGCUGUAACCGUCACAAAUAUAAGAGCCAACAGAGCCCAUAAUAAAGGCGGUGGUCUUGGCAAUCAGCAUGUCACAGCAAUUCGAUUCUUAGCAGAUGCCACCAACGCCGAGGUCGAGGGCCUCUAUCAAUGCUCCAAGACAGUCACAUUCACCCCUCGUCAAUCACCAACAUCAUUUGCACCUCGCCAAGUCAAGAUUGUCGCAGAUUCCACCGCCGCUAGUGCCCUUCUUGUUCUACAAGCAGCACUCCCUUUUCUAGUUUUUGCAGCCAACGACGCUGGCGAACCAAUCGAACUCGAGCUUACAGGGGGGACAAACACCUCAUUUUCUCCAAGUUACGACUAUUUUGAACAGCUGGUGGUCCCGGCAUUGAGAGACUUCUUUGGUCUAACCCUCGAAUGCGAGCUUAGCAAACGUGGAUGGAGUCUGGGUCGUUUCACAGACGGCGUCAUGUCUGUCAAGAUUCACCCCGUUCCAAAGGGACAAAGCAUCAAGUGCCAAAAGUUGAAAAAGUACACAUACCCCAGCUCUCAUGAGCUAAAAUCGGUGGAUGUUACUAUUCUGACGCCUUGCUAUUCUCACAAGAAGCUUCAAAACCGCAUUGCAGAAGAUCUCGGUGUUUUGUUUCCUGACAUUGAGAUAAAUUUCAAGCGAACUGAAGACUCUGGUCAAGACGCUCGAUGGUAUGUUCUCCUUGUUGGCCACUCGGCGGAUGGCCUUCGUUGGGGACGAGAUAGUCUAUAUUCAUUGCCAAAGGCUGCAAAAUCUAUCGACACUUUCAUUGCACAGACAUCGAGCAAAGUCUGCAAACGUUUGUAUGAGGAGAUAGAGAGAGGUGGGCAUGUAGAUGAGUUUCUUCAGGACCAGAUGAUCUGCUUCCAGGCUUUAGCUGAGGGUCUGUCGUCCUUCCCCAGAGGCGAGUCCCUUGAAGAUACAGCCAUCUGCGAGCCGUUUGUUGGCGAGGAUGGAACUAUCAAUGUUGAAAAUGCACGCAAGGAAAAGACAGUGGAGCCCUUUGGACAAGGCUCUGAACAUGCAAGAACAGCAAGAUGGGUUGCAAGCGAACUGCUCCCAAAGGCGAAGUUUUAUACGAAAGGCAGUAUUGUAAAGGGUAUAGCAUAUGUAGCGUCAUAGAUUUAUUUUAUUAUUAGCAUAAGCGAAUAUUUUCAAGUAAAAGAUAAGAUAAGAAUGUACAAUAUUUUUAUUGCUUUUGUUUU